GUAGUAUGAUCCGGCCCGACCCGAUUAGUUUUGAUGUCUGCAGAUUCCGAUUAAUUUCAGAUCUAUUUUCUUCUUCGUCUUCAGAUUUUUCGAGAUGCUUUAUGAUUCGCACAAUUCUUCGUCUUGUUUCUUGGUAAUCAAACAAAUCGCCUUUUUUAGUUUUUGAUCUUUUGAUUGCACGGUCGAGGUCGAACACAGGGGAUUGACAAUGGGAUUCUUGGUGACGUCCCUGAUUUUCGCCGUGAUUGGAGUCAUCGGAUGUUUUUGCACCUUAAUUUGCUGUAACAGAGGCGCUUCGACUAAUUUGUUUCACCUUACUUUGAUAAUUACUGCAACAAUAUGCUGCUGGAUGAUGUGGGCAAUUGUAUAUCUUGCACAAAUGAAGCCACUUAUUGUUCCCAUUCUGAAUGACUCCGAGUGAAGUGAUUAUUUUGGGAACUUCUACUAGUUGUCUUAUGAAUUAAAAUCAUCAUGGGGGUUGCUGCUGAUCAACCCUAAGAUAUGUAAUAUUUUUCAGAUUCCAUGUACCUAUGUUGCAUUUCCAGGUUGAAUCUGUGCAAUUCAUAAUUUGAAGAAAACCUUCAAUUGGGUUCUGUAUUUUGUGUUUCCUGAGUGUUGUUUUUUCUGAAUUACUUUCCGUUCAUUUUUUUGGGAAGAUCGACAGCUAUUUAUUACAGAUCUCCAUUUGUGAAUUA